AUGAUUGGAUCGUGUUCACGCUUCGUGAGUCGUUCAGAAUCGUUUCGUUUUCUUUCGGAUUUUGGCACAACGAGAUCGCUCAAGCUGCGUGGCUCCACGAUGGCCUUCUGCCGCUCGUGGCUUCGUUUCUGCUGCGUCCGGCCGCCACGCUUCGUUUGCUCCAAGGCCGACGCGCCGGAACGCCGGUUGGUCCUAGCCUUGCCACGCAGCAUGGCAGCUCCAGGCGCAGCGCAGCUCCAAGGGACGGCCUUUUCAGUUGAUCGCCUCCAGAAUUUUGUGCGCUUCGUGUGGCUUUGUGAGAUGGAGGAGUUUUUGUAG